UAACCGAACCGAACCGGACCCUUAACGCGCCGCCAUACUCCAAAUCAUAACCCUCCACACAGCGUCGUUCUUCUGCAAUUCUCUGAUUCAUUCCUUUCUCUCUCAAAACCCUAACCCUAACCCCAAUCCCCAGAGUCUGGAAGCCUCUCCAAUGGCGUACCAGACCCCCGAUCAAGAUUCAGGUUCCGAUCCGAAGACCCCAACGCGCCUCUACAACCCCUACAAGGAUCUCGAAGUCCCCAUUCGCAACCUCUACCAGCUCCCAACCUCCCCGGAGUACCUCUUCGUCGAGGAGGCCCGCCGCAAGCGCCGAUCCUGGGGCGAGAACCUCACCUUCUAUACCGGCUGCGGCUACCUCUCCGGCGCUGUCGGUGGCGCCGCCUCCGGCCUCGUCGGCGGCGUUAAAUCCUUCGAGUCCGGCGACACCGCCAAGCUCCGCGUCAACCGCGUCCUCAACUCCUCCGGCCACGCCGGCCGCGCCUGGGGCAACCGCCUCGGCGUCAUCGGCCUCCUUUACGCCGGCAUCGAGAGCGGGAUCGAGGCAACGAGGGACACCGACGACGUCUGGAACAGCGUCGCGGCGGGACUCGGCACCGGCGCGCUGUAUCGUGCAGCGAGAGGGGUGCGUUCGGCGGCGGUGGCGGGCGCCGUCGGCGGCGUCGUGGUUGGAGUCGCUGUCACGGCGAAGCAGGCUUUGAAACGCUACGUGCCUAUAUGAUGAGAACAAAACUUUGUGUGAGCGCUUAAUUUUUUUCUUCCUUUUUUUGGGGGGUUACUAUCAAUUUUGAGCGAUUGUUAGGUAUAAGCAUUAUUAUACCAGCAUGUGGCAGCGUUGCUGUUGCAAACAAUUGGUUUUAUUAUUAUGCAUAUUUUUUUUUCAGCUUGAUAAUGACUAACCUUUCUAAUGUAAUUUGUCGAAACAUCUUGCAUGAAUAAUUGGGACGGCUUUAAUGCUGGAUAUAUAGUAUCAAGAAUAUUGUUCCUCUUUCGGUGGAUGCAAAUGGAAGAUUAUGUUAACGGUGUCA